AUGACCACGCCAAUCACCGCGGUACCAACUAUUGGUGAAGUUUUGGCGACCGUAAUUGCUACCACUACCGGCAUACCGACAUCCACAUUGGAACCGACGACGACGAAGGUGUGCCUAGGCAUCCAGGAUGUAUUUAUUGCAUUGUUUCUGGUGAUGCUAAUCCUAAUGACAAUCUUCGGCAAUGUGCUCGUCGUUCUCUCCGUGUUCGUCUACAAACGGAUGCGCACAUUCACAAACAUCCUGCUGACCUCACUGGCGACCGCUGACCUGUUGGUAGGACUCGUGGUGAUGCCAUUAUCACUACUUGACCUGCUCCACGAUCACAAGUGGCCAUUCGGUGAUGUUCUCUGCCAACUUUGGGCCACUUCCGAUGUGCUGCUUUGUACCGCCUCCAUACUGAAUCUUUGCGUCAUCAGUUUGGAUCGAUAUUUUGCGAUCACAAGCCCGUUAAAAUAUCCACGAACCAGAAGCAAAAAGAUGGCUGCUGGUUUACUAUCGGCGGUUUGGAUAUUAUCCCUCGUGAUUUGCAGCCCACCCUGGUUUAUCAAGGAAUGGGGCUUGUUUACAGGGCAAGAUUUAAACACAACCAUCAGCGGAAUCGCUGAAAUUCCAAUAAAGCUGCCAACGACCCCCUCAUAUCUAUUCUGCCAGUACAGCCCAUCGAUCCCAUAUCGGAUCUACAGCGCCCUAGGCAGCUUUUAUUUACCCUUACUGGUAAUGCUCUCCGUGUACUUCAAAAUCUUCCGGGUUGCUUCCGAAAGGGAGGCAUUGAUGCGACAAUCUGUUGGAACGUGCCGCCUCAGCAAUCGAUUGCAGAAGAGCCAGGCAAAGACACAACAACAGAUCCGGCAAAAUCGGGCCCGACUACAAAUGCUAAAUAACCCGGCGAGUGUGCUAGAGAAUGGGACGAGAGUGAAUUAUACGAGUCGACCCAUCGAUUUGCAACAGUUCCGAAGUCCGGGCGCCAGACCAAGGCAAAAUAGUCGUCCCAGGGUGGAUAGUUCCGACAAUGACGAAAGUCCGCCUGGCGAUCAUGAUUAUUCGUCGGCUCUCCUCCAUUCAGCUGGGAAUUUAAAUUCCACAAAUGGGCCCAGCAGCUCGCCGGGAGUUCGCUUGAAAACUAUGGAACGGGAGUGUCAUUCAAUGGCUGAUCUCGCACAAAAAUCUGUCAACAUGACCCCACCGCCACGAAAAACCACCGAGGUCCACACCGAGGUACCAACGCUGUCUAGAAAAGCGGCCGCAUGCCAAAACCGUCUCCAGCCGUCAAACCUGAUGGCAAAGGCGCAAGAGCACUAUCAAAUCUGCGGCCCAGGGAAGAGCGUGCGUGGCUCCAAGGAGAAAAUGGUGUAUCUCCGUGAGCGAAAGGCGCUAAAAACUAUCGGGAUUGUCGUACUCGGGUUUAUUAUAUGUUGGAUGCCAUUUUUCGUGCUUUAUCUCGCCGAAGUGUUUACGAACAUUGCUUCCUACCGGCUCUUCACACUGGCCAACGAGUUUUUCUUAUGGCUUGGCUAUUCAAAUUCGGUGCUAAACCCAAUUAUCUACACAAUGUACAACGGGGAUUUUCGGCGCUGCUUCCGCGAUUUGCUAUCAUUCGGCUGCAUUCAGCACCACCGGAGAACAAUGAGCGUGAAGAAGCUUCACCAACAAAGCACUAUAUUU